AUGUCUCAAUGGACUCCUGAAUAUAGCAAGCUCUAUACCUUAGAAGUGGAUAUGAAGAGUGAGAUUCCUUCUGAUGCACCAAAGACACAGGAGAGUCUGAAAGGGAUCCUCUUGCAUCCAGAGCCCAUUGGGACAGCCAAAAGUUUUCCUGUGGGAGUUGAGAUGAUUAAUAGUAAAGUGGGGAAUGAAUUCUCUCAUUUGUGUGAUGAUUCUCAAAAACAAGAAAAGGACAUGAAUGGUAACCAACAAGAGCAAGAAAAAAGUGUUGUGAGGAAAAAACGCAAAAGCCAGCAGGCUGGCCCUUCAUACAUGCAAAAUUGUGUUAAAGAAAACCAGGGAGUAUUAGGAUUGAGGCAACACCUAGAAGCACCAAGUGAUAAAGACAAUGAUUCCUCUUUUAGUGAUUGUCUUUCUUCCCCUUCAUCUAGUCUGCAUUUUGGAGAUUCUGAUACUGUGACUUCAGAUGAGGAUAAAGGACUCUCUGUAAGACAUUCCCAGUCAAUUUUGAAUGCUAAAAGUAGAACUCAUAGUGCACGUUCCCAAAAGUGGCCUCCCACUGAGACAGAGUCUGUUUCAGGAUUGUUAAUGAAAAGACCCUGUUUUCAUAGCAGUUCGUUAAGGAGACUUCCAUGCAGAAAGAGAUUUGUAAAAAACAACUCACAGAGGACACAGAAACAAAAAGAGAGGAUAUUGAUGCAGAGGAAAAAACGAGAAGUGUUAGCCCGAAGAAAGUAUGCAUUGCUCCCUAGUUCCAGUAGUUCCAGUGAAAAUGACCUCAGCAGUGAAUCCUCUUCAAGCUCAUCAACUGAAGGAGAUGAUUUGUUUGUUUCUACCAGUGAAAACCACCAAAACAAUGCAGCUGUCCCCUCAGGAAGUAUUGAUGAAGAUGUUGUGGUGAUAGAAGCUUCCUCUACUCCCCAAGUCGCUGCCAAUGAAGAAAUUAAUGUUACCUCAACUGAUAGUGAAGUGGAGAUUGUAACAGUUGGAGAAAGCUAUCGGUCUCGUUCAACCCUUGGACACUCCAGAUCUCAUUGGAGCCAAGGUUCAAGUUCUCAUACAAGCCGACCACAGGAGCCACGGAACCGCAGUAGGAUUUCUACUGUGAUACAGCCCUUGCGGCAGAAUGCAGCAGAAGUUGUGGACCUUACUGUUGAUGAAGAUGAACCUACUGUAGUACCAACCACUUCUGCAAGAAUGGAAUCACAAACCACAAGCGCUUCCACUAGUAAUUCUAAUCCAUCUACCUCUGAGCAGGCCUCUGAUACUGCUUCAGCUGUCACUAGUAGCCAAUCCUCCACAGUGUCAGAGACUUCAACUACUCUUACAAGCAAUAGUAUGACUGGUACUUCUAUAGGAGAUGACUUGAGGAGAGCUGCAUCUAGUGCUGUAACGGAAAAUGGCCCUCCUGCAAUGCCAAGGUUACCUUCCUGCUGUCCCCAGCACUCGCCAUGUGGAGGGUCGUCACAGAAUCACCAUGCAUUAGGACAUCCACACACAAGUUGCUUUCAGCAGCAUGGCCACCAUUUUCAACAUCACCACCACCACCAUCAUACUCCCCACCCAGCUGUCCCAGUUUCUCCCUCCUAUAGUGAUCCUACAUGUCCUGUGGAAAGACCUCCACAAAUACAAACAUCUUGUCGAGCAAAUAGUAGUUCUGGUACCAGCUACCAUGACCAGCAGGCGUUGCCAGUGGACCUGAGCAGCAAUGCCAUCAGAAGUCAUGGAAGUGCGGGCUUUCACGGAGCAUCUGCAUUUGACCCCUGCUGCCCUGUUUCUUCUUCCCGAGCUGCCAUCUUUGGCCACCAGGCUGCUGCUGCUGUCCCGAGCCAGCCAUUGUCACUAGAUGGUUAUGGGUCAAGCAUGGUUGCACAGCCCCAGCCCCAGCCCCCUGCACAAGCCUCACUCUCAUCAUGUCGACACUAUAUGCCACCUCCUUAUGCUUCUUUAACAAGACCACUUCAUCAUCAAGCCUCUGCCUGCCCCCACUCUCAUGGAAACCCUCCUCCUCAGACGCAGCCUCCACCUGAUUACGUUAUUCCUCAUCCUGUACAUGCUUUCCAUUCUCAGAUGUCUUCUCAUACAACAUCUCACCCAGUGGCACCCCCACCCCCAACUCAUUUAGCCAGUACAGCUGCACCAAUUCCUCAACAUCUUCCUCCCUCACACCAGCCGAUUUCACACCAUAUUCCAGCCACUGCACCUCCAGCACAGAGACUGCAUCCUCAUGAAGUAAUGCAGAGGAUGGAAGUUCAAAGGAGGAGGAUGAUGCAGCAUCCAACGCGGGCACAUGAACGCCCCCCACCCCAUCCACAUAGGAUGCACCCAAACUAUGGUCAUGGGCAUCAUAUUCACGUGCCUCAGACUAUGUCCUCACAUCCUCGACAGGCUCCAGAGAGAUCCGCCUGGGAAUUGGGAAUUGAAGCUGGAGUGACUGCAACUACUUAUACACCUGGAGCAUUGCAUCCUCACCUGGCCCAUUACCAUGCACCCCCUCGACUUCAUCACUUACAAUUAGGAGCACUUCCUUUAAUGGUUCCUGACAUGGCAGGCUACCCUCACAUCCGUUACAUUUCAUCAGGAUUGGAUGGAACGUCAUUUAGAGGUCCUUUCAGGGGCAAUUUUGAGGAACUGAUUCAUUUGGAAGAAAGAUUAGGAAAUGUCAAUCGUGGAGCAUCCCAGGGAACAAUUGAAAGAUGUACAUAUCCACAUAAAUAUAAAAAGGUAACAACUGAUUGGUUCUCACAGAGGAAACUGCACUGCAAACAAGAUGGGGAAGAAGGGACUGAGGAGGACACAGAGGAAAAAUGUACUAUCUGUUUGUCUAUUUUAGAGGAAGGUGAAGAUGUGAGACGCCUUCCCUGUAUGCACCUUUUUCACCAAGUGUGUGUUGACCAGUGGUUGAUUACCAAUAAGAAGUGCCCCAUAUGCAGAGUGGACAUUGAGGCCCAGCUGCCAAGUGAAAGUUGA